CCAAUAUCCAUAAAUUGUUUCUUCAAGUGUUAAAACCUCAAUCAAAUUUUGUGAUGGCUGAAAUGGAGCUGCAGAUGGGAUUUCGUUUGUUUUGGCAACAAACAACGGCUUUACUGAAGAAAAACUUGUUUAUCUCAAUGAGAAGCAAAAGAGCAACAUUUCUUCAACUGUUCUCAUCACUCUUGUUUAUGGCUCUUUUGUUUGGAAUCCAAAAGGCCAUGGAUUAUAAGGCAAAACAUCCGUCAGCAAUCGGAGCUGUCACUGAUCCAAAGCCUCUGAUGAACCCAUCAAUACCUCCAUGUGAGCACAAGUUCUUUAUGAAACGUCCGUGUUAUGAUUUUGUGUGGAGUGGAAGUGGUAAUCCAAGAAUUCAAUCCAUUGUUAAUGGAAUUCUUGCUAAUAAUCCGGGUCGCUCCAUAUCUCCUACCAAGGUUAAGUCAUUUAGCACGAAAGACGAAUUGACAAAAUGGCUUCUCAAUGAUCCAAUGCGUACCCCUGGAGCUUUGCAUUUUGUGGAACGAAAUGCCACAGUUAUAAGCUAUGGUGUAGUAACAAAUACUUCUACAUAUAUUCCGGUUCCAAGGCAACCUGAAGAUCCUACUUUCAAAUUCCUAAUUCCCCUUCAAUUAGCUGCAUCUCGUGAAAUCGCGAGGUCUUUGCUUGGAGAUUCAAAGUUCAGCUGGAAUGUGGGUCUCGAGGAAUAUCCACAUCCUGUACUAGAAGAUACAGAUGAGAGCUAUACAUUACUAAACGCUAACUCCCCAAUGGAUGCUAUGCCAUUGGUUGAAAUGUUCAGUCCAAUCUUCUUCUAUGCAAUUUCUAUGUUUGGUUUUGUAUUUCAGAUUAGCUUAAUGGUUCUUGAGAAGGAGCUCAAACUUCGACAGGCAAUGACUGUGAUGGGACUUUAUGACUCUUCCUAUUGGUGCUCGUGGCUAAUAUGGGAGGGACUUAAGGCAUUCAUUUCCUCACUCCUUAUAGUCCUGUUUGGCAUGAUGUUUCAGCUUCACCUUUUCUUGAGAAACAGCUUUACGAUUGUACUACUUUUAUUCUUUCUUUUCCAAUUCAACAUGGUUGGUUUUGCCUUCCUACUGUCAAACUUCAUCCGCAAGUCCUCUUCGACCACAUCUGCUGGUUUUGCUAUAUUUGUAAUUGGUGUCGGGACUCUGACAUUUUCACCGGCCCUCUAUGGUGAUACAGACAUUAAAACAAGAUAUAGAAGAAUACUUUGGUCCUUUUUUCCACCUAAUCCUUUUGCUGGAGGCAUAAAUGUGUUACAAAAUGGAUCAGACAGUGAUGGGAUCAGCUGGAGCAGGUUAUCAGGAUGUGAUUUGGGUGAAUCAUGCUACUCAAUGCUCCACUAUUAUCGAUGGCUUAUAUCAACUUGCUUCUUGUGGCUUGUUUUGGCUAUCUACCUAGACAAUAUCAUACCCAACUCAGCAGGUGUAAGGAAACCCCUUUUCUAUUUUAUAAAACCUGGAUAUUGGACAGGGCGAAGUCAAGAGAAGCCGGAAGAAAAUGCCCCCAUUUUAGGUUCUGGUUCUGCACUAUCAAAUGACAGUUUCUCCCAAGAUAAUGAGGGUGUUUUCGACGAGGAAAACAGGGUGAAACAACAAGUCAAGGGAGGCAUUAUUGAUCCCAAUGUUGCUGUUCAGCUACGAGACCUUUCCAAGACAUAUUCUGGAACAAUGAGCUUAAGUUGCCACUCUUGUUGUCUAUGCUGUUUUUACUGUACAUGCAAGAUUAAGAAAGCUUACAGAGCUGUCCAGGUGAAUUUCCCUAUACUCCCUCACUACAAAGUAGCUUUUUGGCUAAAGUUGAAUGGCGCAAAUCUGGAGUUUUUUUUGUUGCAGCAAUAA